AUAUGAUGUUAGAAGAAAGCUUGAUUUAGUUUUUCUACAGUUCAAUCUCUCCGGAUUCGCGUGUCCUCCAUUCACAACCGAUACGUGGAAUCCUCCCGAAUCAACACAACAGCAACAACCAAAAAGGAAAGAAGAAAAACGAAAGACUCGAUCAGAUCCCUCCAGGCUUGGGGGUUAAAUUUUGGUGGAUGGGGAUUCAAACAAUGGGAUCCCAGAGCAAUGGCCUGCAGUCCCACUUGCACCCAUCUUCGCUAGUGAGGCAAAAUUCUUGGUACAGUCUCACUCUCAAUGAGGUGGAAGAUCAAUUGGGAAACUUGGGAAAACCCUUAGGUAGCAUGAACCUUGAUGAACUUCUAAAAAAUGUAUGGACCACUGAAGCAACUCAAUCCAUGGGAAUUGAAAUCACAUCGCCCGCGUCUUCACUCCAACGUCAAGCCAGCCUUAGCCUGGCUAGAGCUUUGAGUGGAAAAACUGUUGAUCAGGUGUGGAAGGAGAUCCAACAGGGACAAAAGAAAAGAUAUGGAGAUGACCUCGUGGGCAGGGAGCCAAUCCUUGGUGAAGUUACCUUGGAGGAUUUCUUAGUGCAAGCAGGGCUUUUUGCGGAGGCAUCCUUAAGUCCUAGUAUGGAUUUGGAUUCCGUUGAUGCUGCAAUCAAACAAAGUUUUCCACAGCAAACGGUUUUAUCCCCUGCCCCAAUCACCACCUUGUUAGGCACGGCAACACCAGGGAGGAAGAGGGAUCAAGAAGCAAUUGAGAGAAGUAUUGAGAGGAGGCUGAGGAGAAAGAUCAAGAACAGGGAAUCUGCUGCACGUUCCCGAGCUAGAAAACAGGCAUACCAUAAUGAGCUGGUGAGCAAGGUUUCACAUUUAGAAGAGGAGAAUAUAAGGCUUAAGAAGGAGAAGGCACAGCUAGCUACAGACUUGCAUCGAAAUUGAAAGAGCUGAAAAUGGUGAUUAAGAAGUGGACUAAAGAAGUGGGCUUAGGGAGGAGAUGUGCAUUAACGAUCUAUUGGCUGAGCUGGAUUUUCUAGAUAAAAGGGGGGGGUCUGGUUUGCUGUCCAAUGCUGAAAGAGAAAAGAGGAACAAUCUAAAACUGGAGCUGGCCAGCAAAUUACAUCUAGAAACUAUAUAUCAUGGAGGCAAAAACUUAGAGAAAGAUGGCUCAGGGAUGGCGAUAGAAUUGCAAAAUAUUUCGACUGCUCAGCUAAUCACAGAAGAAGAUGCAACUUUGUGGAAGAACUUCAAAUUGAUGGGGGCAGUGUACAAGAAAACGAUGCCUUAAGGAAAGGGGCUAGAGUCCAUUUUCAAAAGCUGUAUACUGAGGAAUUUCUCCUCAGACCUACUUUUGAUAACCUUCAGUUUAAUAGUUUAAAUGUUAGGGACAGAAUUUUGCUUGAGGAUGAGUCUAUAGAGGAAGAUAUUCAUGCCUGCCUGCGGGAGUGUGACGGGGACAAAGCCUCGGGGCCGGAUGGCUUCAAUCUUAAAUUUCUAUAACCCUUAUGGGAAGACAUGAAAAAAGACAAAGUUGAAUUCUUCAAAGAUUUCCACAAGAAUAGCUCAUUUGUAAAAUCUCGCGACUCUACUUUUCUGGUGUUAAUAUCAAAAAAGAAUGAUGCCAAAAGCAUAAGUGACUUCUACCUGAUCAGUUUGGUUGCCUGUGUUUACAAGCUUAUCUCUAAAGUCUUGGCCAAGAGACUAUCAAAAGUACUCAAUCAAAUUAUUGGUGGUUGUCAACACACAUUCGUCUUCGGGAGACAAAUCUUGGAUGCCAUUCUCAUUUCUAAUGAGAUUGUGGAUGAUAUUCACAGAAACAAGGGUAGUGGGGUGCUAUGUAAGUUGGACAUGUAAAAGACCUUUGAUCAUGUCAGUUGGAAAUUCGUUGACGACAUGCUUGGUAAGCUAGGAUUUGGACCAAAAUGGAGAAGCUGGAUCUGUGCCUGCAUUACCUCCACAAGCUUUUCUGUUAUGGUUAAUGGGGGUCCCUCAUCCUUUUUCACAGCUUAUAGGGGCUUGCGGGAAGAUGAUCCCCUUUCUUUCCUAUUGUUUCCAAUCGUGAUGGAGGCUUUGAACAAAUUCUUCUCCAAUGGUGGUAGAUUAACUCUUAUCAAAAGCUCCAUCUCUAAUCUCCCAAUUUAUUACCUAUCGAUGCUCACCAUUCUGGAAUUUUGCAAAGAAAUUCGAGUCAAUUCAGCAGAAUUUCCUUUGGGGAGAUGUGAGACUAAGAAGAAAUGUCAUCUUGUGAGCUGGGAUGAGGUCAAAAAACCCCUUUGGUGAUGGCAGACUGAGCUGAGAUCUAUUUGUGCGCUUAACGAAGCUCUUUUUGGUAAAUGGAUUUGGCGAUUCUGGAAUGAGAUAAAUUGUUUAUGGAAGUCUGUUGUUGACUGCAAAUGGUUUGGAGAUGACAAAAAUAAUUUUUCAUUUCUUGAGAAUAGUCCAUACGGUAUGAGCCUCUGGAAAAGCAUUAUGCAUUGCAACAAGCCUGUCUUUGACUGUUCUUAAUGGAUUGCUGGAAAAAGUAACCAGGUGUUGUUCUGGAAAGAUUAUUGGUGCAGCUCUGUUAAGCUUAUGUCCAGUUUCCCUCUUAUUUUUGCUAUCUCUAAAGACAAAGAUAUAACUGUUGAGAACGCUUUUGAGGGAGGCAGGUUUUGGAAUGUAGAGGUAAAAAGAAAUCUGCAGGAUUGGGAGGUGGAGGAAUAUGAAAACCUGCUUCAAACUUUAGCCACUAUCCUACUUAGCAAAAAAGAAGAUAAAUUACGUUCGAAUCUCAUGAAAAACGGGAAUUUCACUGUAAAUUCCUUCUACAGAUUCUUGAAUGGCUACAGCCCUACCAAUCAGUUGAAAUUCCCUACAAAACUUAUCUGGAAUACUCAAGCUCCUCCUAGGAUAUCUUUUUUUGCUUAGGAAGCUGCGAAGGAACGCAUCCUCACUAUGGACAACGUUAUGAGAAGGGGUAUCACAACGGCUAACCAAUGUUACCUCUGCAAAAAUUGCUUGGAAACUUGUAAUCAUCUUUUACUCUGGUGCCUCUAUACUUACAAUCUCUGGACACUGGUUUUCGGGCUGCUUGGCAUCUCAUGGGUCAUGGCUGGUUCUGCUAUGAAUGAGAUCCUUGCUUGGGAGGGUAUUGUCGGCAGGAAAAAACAAUUCAGACUUAGACCACUCACCAUUUUCUGGGUUAUCUGGAAAGAAAGAAACAACAGAGCCUUCAAAGCGAAAGAGGUUGAUUUUGUCACUAUCAAGGAUAAAUAGUUCUCUAUUUUGGCUCUAUUGUUUUGGGGCAUAACCUUGAUAGCUUAGAUGAUUUUGGCUCCAUUGUAGAUAAUCUAAUUGAUCUAUAAAUGUUUUUGUACAUGGGCGGCGCCCCCCUUUGGUGCCAACACAUCAAUACAUCUCGUACUUUUAUGUCAAGAAAAAAAGUACAUUAAGUA